ACGCCAUCACUUUACUCUUCUAUAAAUUCAGGACACUAGCUCAAUACCAUCAGCUCAUCCAGACUCGGAAACUGAGCACCACACCUCACAGCAUACCUAUUCAAAUUUCCAGCUGAAAAACAACACAACAACCAGCCAACCAACCAUGAUCAGCGCCAAGAGACUGGUUCAAUUGGCAAAGAAGUCGCAAAGGAUGGCGGUCCUCGGGAGGAAGAGGAUCAUGGGGAAGGCACAAGAAACUGAAGAAUGCUCCACUUCUGUAGCAGUCAAGGGCCACUGCAUCGUGUACACAGCCGAUGGGAAGCGAUUCGAGGUCCCAUUGGCGUACCUUGGCACAGCGGUCUUCAGUGAACUCCUGAGGAUGUCCCAGGAGGAGUUUGGCUUCAUCAGCGAUGGAAGAAUCGUGCUGCCAUGUGAUGCUGCAGAGAUGGAGUAUGCCGUGUGCUUGCUCAAGAGAAACGCCGCAGUCGAGGUGGUGGAUGCAUUGCUCAGCUCUAUGCUAAUGCCUUGCCACUGCACUGGUAGUAUGGUGCCAACUGUUGGAGUCAACCAGCAAAUUUCCUGUCUGUAGCUUCCUGUAUAUCAGGAUCAAUUCAAAAUAGUUAGAUGUAGCUAAUAGGAGGAAAAUUGCUAUGUAAAGUGUUUCGCUCUUGCAAGUAAUCAAGAAAACAGCCAGACAACAUAUACAGCCUUUUUUUCCCUUUAAAUUAAUGUAGCGUACUGGAAUGAUUGCAUUUAUUUUAUAUGAGAAUUGUUCAAUGCACAAAGUACUAUCACUACUCAACAAGUUUAUGUACAAUAUAUUCUGCGGUUCUCAUAAUGAGGAAAUGAAACCACAUGACCAGGCGGCAGAAACAAUGUUUUCAAUGAUGAAUCAUUUGAUAAAAACUUUGGAAGUGCAUUAGGAAUCAGAAAUGAGGACUAAAGUGAUGUGAAAAUCACGAAAUGAAAGGAAGCCAGUCAUUUUAACCCAGCAGGCAUAAGUCGGUUUUUGAAGAAAAAACAUUUAGUGAUGUUUAGCUUCUACCAGAA